AUGGAUUGGAGGCGUCUUGCCAUUCGUACCCUUUCUCCUUGCACCGUCCCUUCAAAGAGUCGAUGUUUUCUUCGGAGCCUCCAGCACCUCCCCGCCCUUCUGCUAACGACAUACACCUGCAUCGCUGACCUUCGCCAGCUUCAACCACCAUCAUCCCCAUCGCUGCUGCCUGGAAAUCCGCCAAAUCGAUCUACCCUCCACCAACGAUCGCCCAAAUCCACUCUCCUCCGUACCCAACCGAUCAUCAACCAUCCGAGCCCGUCGUCCCACCGACGGAGACGAGGUCGAAGAUCGCACCGCCCCCACGCCCACUUGGCUUCAUUAUCGACCAAAUGUGUGCUUAUUCUAUCAUCCACCGUACCUUCACCCUGGGUUAACACCGAUGGACCACCUUACUCUUAUCUUAAUGACUCCAUCUAUUGGUUCCUUAUCCAAAUGAGUUCGACUGUUUGCCCUUCAUCUGCUUCGUUCUUCGCUCUUGAUUUCUACCAUAUUUCUUCGACAACAUCCUCCAGCAACCAGAGAUUAGGAGUUCUUCCUAUUCACUCCCAUUUUGAGAUAAAUCAACCAAGGUUAAGGUGUUGGGAAAGAAGGGGAAUUCGUACUCUCAAAUUAUCAAUACAAGUUUGAUGAACUCUAUGUUCAAAAAUGCAUGCUACUACAAAGAAAUAACUAAGCAUUAUUGGAGGUAAUACAGUAAGGGGCGAGUACGAGGACUUGAACUGCAAUUAACUCUAUCAUGCAGCCAAGAAUAAUUUUACUGAUUAGAGAUGGAAUUUGGAAAAUGGGAAGUACCACUUGCUGAGAAAAAUUGAAUGACGGAGACACGGGCAAAAUUGUCAUUUAUAUGCAGAGCUCAACACGUAUAAAUAGCAGGUAUACAUGACAUAUGAAAAUCAAUUUUAUUUGAAUUUGAUUUACUGUUUAUUUUUUAUAUUACAUAAAAGUAGUUGACGUAACAAUAUUUUGAGAAGAGAGCUUCCUGAUAGUAAUAAUUUCAUGCCCAAGUGACAUUAAAGAAGUCGAAGGAUGAUUGGGUGUAAAAUUGGGAAAAGAUGUGUUCACACAAUUGGCAAGAUGGGAACUCUAGCAAUAGGAAUUUUUUGGCUUUUCUUGCAUUUGCACUCUCUUCUCUCAUAUUUGGUUAUAAUCUUUAUCCCCAAAGAUCUCGUAGAUCUUUGAUUUCUCUAAAUUUAAAUUGUAAAGAGGUUAUAUAAGGCAAGAGUUAUCUUAAAGAAAAUAAUACAACUAGUUCUUGCUAAAGUUUGUAACCUUUUUAAAUUAGAAAUGUAGGAGCUCCUGUUCUUUUUAGAACAACAUCCGACCUUCAAUCCAAUAAAAUAUCUCAUUGUGCUGAUACGUUAUUUGCCAGAUAUCCAUCUAUAAAUUUUGUCAACGUACGAUUAUCGAGAAAUGUUGGAAUCCUCUAUCCGGAAUCCAGAUGUUGAAUGGCGAAAUCAUAAAUAUCCAUGUGCACAAUUACGAUUUGGGUUACUUGAAGUGGGGAAUCCUAAAUCACCUACCUCCAGUCCCACCGCUUCAAAUCCAUAAUAUGAUAACAAACUUUACCAUAUUAAUCCA